AUGCGGCGCGGCGCGGCGGGCGCAGCCUCACUGAGCCCCGGGGCUCGGCCGUGCGCCCGCGCCGGGCGGAGCGCCGCUCGGUCCGCUGCCAUGGCCCCGGCGGCGCUGACGGCGGCGCUGCUGGGCGGUGGGCUGCUCUUCGCCGCCUGGCGUUGGUUGCGGGCCGCGGCCCGCCCCGGAGUCAGAGCCGGGGCCUCCAUGCGGGGCAAGACGGUGAUCAUCACCGGGGCCAACAGCGGGCUGGGCCGGGCGGCGGCCACCGAGCUGCUGCGGAUGAAGGCCCGCGUCAUCAUGGGGUGCCGCGACCGCGCCCGGGCCGAGCGGGCGGCCCGCGAGAUCCGAGCCGAGCUGGGCGAGCGGGAGGCGGCCGAGGGAGGCGGCGGCGAGCUGGUGGUCCGCGAGCUGGACCUGGCCUCGCUGCGCUCCGUGCGCGCCUUCUGCCACCGCGUCCUCCAGGAAGAGCCAAGGCUGGAUGUUCUGAUAAAUAAUGCAGGGAUAUUCCAGUGCCCAUACAUGAAGACAGAGGAUGGCUUUGAGAUGCAAUUUGGUGUAAACCACUUGGGUCACUUCUUGCUCACCAACCUUCUUCUGGGCCUCCUCAAAAAUUCUGCUCCGAGCAGGAUUGUGGUAGUAUCCUCAAAGCUUUACAAGUACGGAGAAAUCAACUUUGAAGACUUGAACAGUGAAAUAAGUUACAAUAAAAGCUUUUGUUACAGCCGGAGUAAACUGGCUAACAUACUGUUUGCAAGGGAGCUAGCCCGUCGUUUGGAAGGGACAGGAGUCACUGUCAAUUCACUUCAUCCGGGUAUUGUCAGAACAAAUUUAGGGAGACAUGUGAAUAUUCCGUUACUGGCAAAGCCCCUAUUCAAUUUGGUGUCAUGGGCUUUCUUCAAAACACCUCUGGAAGGAGCCCAGACUUCUAUUUAUUUGGCCUCUUCUCCUGAUGUUGAAGGUGUGUCUGGGAAAUAUUUUGGGGACUGCAAAGAGGAGGAACUUCUGCCCAAAGCCAUGGAUGACCUGGUUGCAAGAAAAUUGUGGGAUAUAAGUGAAGUGAUGGUUGGAUUAUUGAAAUAAGUGCCAGGGAUUAUAUGAUAAGGAAAAUGCAGAUAACUAUGCAAUACAUAUUUGGAACUGUAAUUCUCACCUUAAAUACUGUGAGAACACAGAUCUGUAUUUAAAAACAUUUGAUAGAAGAGUGAUUUAUGCUGGAAUUCUGUUUUAAAAUAAUGAUAAUCUUUGUGUAAUAAGCACAAGCAUUCAAGAAGAACCUGGAAUAGAGAAUGUAACUUCUGAAUAAAUGUUCAGAAAGUCAUGGUCUAAAAUAAAAAUUAAACAAAACUUUGUUUUGCGGUAAA